AUGUUACUCCUACGCCCCGCGAUUGGUGUGUUUGCCUGGUACGCUUACUCGGCGGUCCAGCGUCAGCGGCUCGUCCGCCAAGGCACCUUUGCUUCGAUGCAGAUGCUUUCCAGUUUCCGCCAGCCCGACGGAGAUUCACUGAAAUUGGAAACUUUGGGACAGCCAGUCACGGCCAUUGCCGACGACUGGGUCUACCUGACGGGUCGCAAUCCGAAAUUACCGACGGAUAGCUACCGCCCGACCUUUCGGCAUACACAGCACGUGGCGUGCUCGUUCAGUAACGAUGGCGACACGCACGGUUCUCGUCCACACUCUUCGAUCGCCUUGUUCGGCCCCCGAGCCGUACCUUUGCUGUCGCUACGUCAGCUGGUCACGGAACGAAUGGACCUCCGACCGUACGUGGAAGAAGACUUGACCAAACGUUUGGCUUGGGAACACGCCAUGGCCGAGUGUCGGCCCUUGCUAGCGGACGAGAAUGCCAACAGUGCUGCACCGCUCGUUCCGGGGGCGUAUUCCUUCCUGUAUCGAGAUUACGUCAAUCAGGAAGAGCUCUUGGCCAUGCUGUGUCGGAGAAAAGCCAUGGAAACGCUCUUGUAUCGACAAACACGGGCAACUAGUCUGCAAGUGGAAGAUCCGACGAGCAACGGAAACUCUUCGACCUCGCCGUCCGACCAAAAAUGUGUUUUGACGGACCGCGCCAAAAUGCUGGGAUUCCUCCCCGUCACUAUUCAUUGGGAAGGGAUUGUUCCACGAACCACGGGAGACGACCAAAAGUGUACAAUCAGAUGGACGAACACGUCGUGCCGAAUCGGUUGGCAGCGUUUGGGCAAGACUAUUCAGCAACCGUCUUUAGCCGAAAAGUAUCGCAAGGACGAUUGGGAUGUUUUACUCCCACCAUCAUCCGAUACAGACGCUGUCAAUGAGGGUGACAUUAUUGUCUUUUAUCGGCAAGGACAGGGCAAGCUCGUCUUUGCACGCGACAGUCUCAUUUCACCAACAUAA